UAGUAAAACAAUACUGGACCUGCUUAAUCUUUUGUAAUCCUCCUGAACGGAGUGUAACCCAAUGGGCGGAACACAUUAAAAAUGUGGUUGAGCAAUCGAAAAUUGACGAAUUUCGUCAAUUUGUCAUUUCAGAGUUGUGCCCAACCAAACCCAAUUUCGAACGGUCGGGUGGCCAUGCCUUCUCAAAGAACGAUGUUAGAAGGAACUACUUUGAUGGCAAAGAAUUUUGCAUCGCCGAAGAAAAUGGGGAUCUCCCUAUUAUUAAGAGUCUAUUUGAUCUCCGGACAUUUACGCCAGCAUUGGACGGACAUAGUGCCUUCUUCGCCAGUGGGACCUACGUGAGCGGAAUUGCUUGCUCCGGGUUCUCCGAUUGCAGUGAGCCCCCUGUCAAUUUCACUUGGAGCGACGGAAGUCCAGGAGAACUCUUGGACGGAUACAAAUUCCGAUUCCAAGCGACUUUUUUGUCUGGGUUACGCAUUUUACCCGGUCAUAACCUGAUUACUUCUUUCCCAAAAACAGAUUUGCUCAGGACGAUUUGUCAAACUCCUUGCAGCCAAGCUUCCUCUUAUUGCCCAAGAAGCCAUCCAUAUGCCACGGGAUCUGGGGGAUGGUGUUCCAAUUAUCCAUGGAAGUUAAAUGAUGAAAAUAUUAGUUCGUCUUGUGACGGAUCAAAAUUGAAAAUUGGCGAUGGAUUGGAAUGUUGUACUAAUUGCAUUCCCUGUCCUGGCAAUUAUACAAGUUGUAUACAUUACCAGAACAUUGAAACCGUCUGUCCAGCUAACCCCAAUGCAACAAGAUUUGGUCCAACGGCAUAUAUUCAUCUCCCUGAGUUGGGAACAGUGAACAUAUCAACAGCUGGUCAAGCGUGUGGAGCAAUUAACGGAAGACUACCUUUGAUUAAGUCGGGCUUGGAAAUGAGCGGAAUUUUAGAUUUUCAGGCAUCCACAUCUUUCCCAGCCUAUCAAUCACUUUGGAUUGGUUUGGAGUCACAAGUUGGCACUUCGUGUUCCAAUGCUGAUUGUUACAAUUCCAAUGCUGUUUAUUGGGCUGAUGGAACAAAUUUUACUGACUUUUCCGCCAUGAAUUUUCGGACAAACGAUUUUCGAUGUAAUGUACUGAAGAACGGAUUAUUUAUCGGAACAAGAUGUGGCCAAUUGAAUCACGUUGUUUGUGAGUUCGUUUGUGAUGAAGAGCAUGCCAUCUGUCCGAGCGACCAUCCAUUCUCAAUAGAAAAUGGAAAGGCUUGUUGCAAUGACAAAGUUAAAAAAUUCGAUAUUGAUCUGAAUCCGUUAUGUGAUGGGUUGUGGUUCACCUCCGAUGACCCAUCAGAAUGUUGUCCGGAUCCCAUUCCUUGUUCAAAACCACGGUGCUUCGAUCAUCCCCUUAAAAACUGGUUCUGUCCCCAACAUCCAGAAAGUUCACGGAGUGGAUUUUCAACGGCAAAUCUUAUUGGAAGUCCUGGAAAUACAUUGACUCGAGAUGAAGCUCUUCAGGCGUGCCAAAACCAAUACAAUGCAUCGCUUUUAUCCCUGGAUCAUCCAUUGGCUUAUGAACACCUGUUUGUGGGUACCAAUACGCAAGCGUCUAAAACAUGGUUGGACUUCACCUAUGGGAUCGACGAUAAAUACCAAUGUGAUUGGACCAAAGAAUGUUUUAAGGAAGUCCGGCGGUUGCAUUGGCCCAAUGGAAGGCCAUUGAUACAAGUGGACCUAAGGAUUACAUCUAUUCAAAAUAACCCCAGCAUUCCAUAUUUUUUUGUUAGUCAUAGCGGAGGAAUCGCCCAAACCAACAAUGGCCCGACUGGACAAGCCAUUUGCUCAAGAGAAUGCUUCUCGAUGGCGGAAUUUUGCCCUGAUGACCAUCCGUUUGCCACCAAUCGAGGUCAACACUGCUCGAAGUACUAUGAACGCCUUAUUGGAGGGAUUUGCGAGGCAGGAUUUUUGGAACUGACGGACCCUGUAGAAUGCUGCAUAACAUGCAUUCCAUGUCCAGUUUCCGACCGACCCUGUACCAACGCCAAGAAUUCACAAGAAUAUUGCUCCAGAGUUCCACAUGCCAGGAGAUCAACCGAUCACGUGGGAUUUCUGGUGGCCAAUACGUCGGGUUCUCCAUCUAACUUGUGGGAAGCACAAAACCAUUGCAUCUCCAAUUACAGUGGACACCUGCCAUACCUCAAAACCGAACAAGAUGUUUACACGCUAACUAGCCUCUUCAGUUCAUCCAUGAAAUUAUGGCUUGGAGCGACUGGUCCUCUCGCGCAUGCCUGUAACAGACUUUGCGAUCCUUCAGAAGGGUACACCUGGUGGGAUGGAACGGUCUUCCCCUCGAAUCUGAUGCUGAAGUUUUCUUUAUUAGCCAGAAGUACAAGCCUAAGCUUUCAGACCAAUGUUGCCCAGCCUUACAACGGAAUAUUGGCCAAGAAUGAUAACCAAAUGGACGAGACAGUUUGCGAGAUCAGUUGUAGUUACUACGAAGGAUCGAUUUGCCCCGUGGAUUAUCCUUUCGCAUUUAACGGAGGGGAGAAUUGUUGCAACAGUUUUUCCAACUCUUGCCUUGGAGGCACUGAUUUAUCCUUUGACGAUGGACUGGAAUGUUGCUUGUUUAGUAGUGUUCCUUGUCCAAGUUCAAUUAGACGAUGCCAAAAUCAUCCAAAUUUCCUUGCCAUUUGCCCGCAAUUUCCCGAUUCCUUCCGAUUUGGAUUCCGGUCUUACGAGGUAAUAGCUGGUGGCAACAAGAGUACAUUUAUGGAAGCCAAGUCCACUUGCAAAGCCUUGGGUGGAACGUUGCCAAUUGUGAAAGAUGUGAAUGUUUACGAAGAGCUUCUUUUUGUCACCAAGUACAAACAGCUACCUUUUAAGGAAAUGUGGUCAUCCUUAGAAAAUGUGGAUGGUGUGAGUUGUCUCAAAGAAACAUGCAAUAAUAACAACAUUCAAUGGGCCGAUGGCUCAUCCUUUGUAUAUGAAGACCUCAACUUUGGUUUCCGUGGAUUACCAGAGCCUAAAACAUGCCACAGCAUCAGAUUGGAUCCAUUGGACCGACCACAUCUGUCCACCUUUAGUGCCAAAGAUUGUUCAGAUAUUUACGCUACCAUUUGCCAAUUUGAAUGCACUUGAGUGACUGUUUGAACAAAAACUUGAGACAGUCAGCCGCAUGAUACAACUGCCCCUAUAAGUUAUUAUCUGGUAAAGGUAACAAAUAGUCUACAUGACUAGAAUUCUCAGAAGAGUCAAACUUUCAAACACCCUGAGGAAAAAUGCAAAUUAUGGGAUUGAAAUAAAGUGUC